UGAUCAAGGAAUUAGCUAUGAAAAUUUGAGAGUCAUGGGCAUUCGACAAAGCCUUUAGGAAUAAAUUACCAGUAGUAUUAGUUCUUAAUAAAAUAAGAUUUACAAUGAAACAAUAUCUACAUGUGAACUUGAAUUGCGAUUUGAAAAAUAGAACAAAAAAACUAUUUGGAGAAAAUUUUGGUAUCUAACUUCUUAUUAUAUAGAAGGGGGGAGCAAGAAUACUGAGUAUGACAAAAUGAAAACAUUUAUGCAAUACGUGAAUUCUUCCUCUCAUACCGAUGUCCUUUGUGUCAUGAGAAGAAGAGUAUUUAAUUUCAAACUUUAUUCUAUUCAGUAAAUUGUGUAUUUCUUUAAAACAAUGACAGCAUAAGCAACUGAUAGCAAAGUUCAAAAGUUUUUCAGGUAUUACAACGUCUUAUCAGAUUUUUCAAAUAGGCAGGUAUAACAACAAAACAAGACUUUCUAUCUCUAGGGUACUAGCCAGUAGAAUAUCAAAUGACUUAGACCUAAGGAUAAGAUUUCAUUGCAGUCACUAAUUCUUCAAACAUUAGCCGUAUAUUUUACCCUCUCUUGAACGGGUCUCUAAGACCUGCUGUGAAGGACUUAAGUGAAAAUGUGAACAUAGUUUUACGCUCGAGCAAUUUAUGAUUGCGAAUUGCAGGUGGAAAAUUAUUGCUUACCUAACCGUAGCUAUUCUAAAAUUGAGACAACCUAUCAAUAAAGGGCGAUACCAAAUACAAAAUAGGCCGUUAUUUUAAUUGGUAGGCGUUUACUUGAAUUCUGUAACAAACAAUUCAUUUUGAUUGGAAACUACUGUCUGAAAACCCCAGACACUGGGGGCAAACGUCAUCAUGUCAAAGACUAUUAUUUUGUUUGGAUUACUUCUCGUGGCGGCCAUAUUUGAUAGCGUAGUUGAAUGUAGAAGAAGACAUAACAGAAAAGCUAAAAAGGAGGUUAUACACUCAAAUGAAAGAGAAGCAAGACAAAGCAAAUUUCAUCUUAUGCUACGAAAGAAGCUAGUGCAAGAGAGACGAGAAAAUGCAGAGAAGAAGAAAGCAGCGGACCAGGGAAGCGAGCCAGACAACCGCAUCACCCAGAAUGCGCUCCCGGAAGAGACGCCAAUAGUUGCUAGUCCACCGGUGUACCAGGACAUUUACUCACGUAUGCCAAUGCUGCCAAUGCUGCCAUUGCCUCUAUUUUACAAUGGUGCUGAUGAUGCAUCUGGGCAACAGGAAAUAGCAAGCCAGGUUGCUGAGUUCGAGGAUGAGGCCAAGCAAGAGGGAUUUUACCCCGAAGAGGAGCAAGAUGAGCAAGAAGAUGCUGGCAAUAAACAAUUUGAGGACGAAGGUAGUCAGGAAAAUGUAGACAGUGGAAGUGGAACAGAGGCGGAAGACAUUUACGAUGAUGCAAAGGGCAUUGAAGAGGAGGAGAAUCAGAAAAAUGGUUUCUAUGGCGGUUCUGAAGCAGCAAAUCGAGAUGAUAUGGCCGCUGGUGCCGGAACAGAUCAAAAUACGGAGGCACAAAAGGGUGGCACACAGGAAGCGGCAGCGGGACAAGCGGCAGGAGGACAAGCGGCAGCGGGUCAAGCGGCAGCGGGAAAAGGGGCUGGACAACAGCAGCAACAAGGACAGCAACCAGCUGCCGAAGAUAACAAAGAAAAACCAACAAUUAAACCGGCAAGCAAACCUUUGCAAAAGGCUCCUGCCAAGGCUGCUGCAGCAGGAAGCAUGACCCAAGCAUCAGCACAGCAACAGGGAUACAUGGCACACCAAAAUAUGGCUCAAAAUCCGCUCUCACAAAAUCCAAGCGGGUUGGCACAGCAUCCUCAAGCUCAAGGACAAAGCCCUACGAUGGCCCAGCAGUUUACGACAACUCAACAACAGACAAUACCGCCAGGAUACCAUUAUCCUAUCGUGGCGCAGCAACAACAGCAAAUGCAGGCGAUGCAAAUGCCACAAUAUGGAAUGCUGAUGCCAGGACAGGUACCAUGCCAAUUUCCAAGCCAAUGUUCUCAAACGAUGGGAAUGCCUGCACCAGGCCAGCCCGAUCCGCCACCUGGUUUCAUGAAAGUUGUUACUGGCUACCAGGUGGUGCAACCAUCAGCAAUGGUUCCUCAACCAGCAUAUGUGCCGCCUCCACCACCGCCACCUCCACCACCGCCUCCUCCACCGCCACCUCUUCCACCUCCACCUCCUCCACCACCACCUCCUCCACCCAUUGCACCACCCCCACCACCCCCUGUCCCUGUAUAUGCGCAACAGUAUCAGGUACCAUACCAACCACCAAUGCAAUAUCAAAUGCCACUAUACCAACAAAUUGGCUGCGCCCCAUCAUGCGCCACUCGAUGUACCACGAUGUGCCCAUCUCAUUGUUGUGGCAUAAUGAAAAGAGACAAUGUUUUGAGGUGGUGGAAUAUGUACCAACGAACGAAAUUAAGGGGUCGAAAGAAGUAGAUCAAGUCAAAUGUUGAAAAAAUUUCGAGAAUAUCGAGGGAACUAGUUCUUUAUGGCCGUAACGAAGUACAUCUGUAACUGAGAACGGACAAAAAAUAAAGAGAACUUCAAGACAAGAAAAUUUUCUCCUUAAUGCAAUUUAACACCAUAAUGUAUCAUAAUACUGGGAAUAAAUGCCCCUAAAAAUGGCGUAAAAUAUUGAUAUGCUUUAAGUACGUCAGACUAAAAGGCAAGCCACACAAGAAUGAUGUCGCAAACGUCAAUAUUAAGCAUAUAAGCAUAUGCAAUCGAAAGUAGAAUGGUCUAAUGUCAAUGAAAGCCUCGCGUAUUCAUUCAUACAAUGUUUAAGAAACUGAAAAAGAGAGCAGAGGUUCGUAUCACUCUUUUAGGAUUAGAACAUCAUUUGUUGAAAAAAAGUCCCUAUGCAUCGCGAAAAUUUCUCAAGGAGAGAAGUUUUCCCUAUUACACGUCCAGUGGAAAAUUUUGUUAAUACAAUUAGUUAUUUCUCACUCUAUGCUUCGUAACAGUGUUCUGUUACCCGAAAGUUAGCUAUAGAAUUGCCUUGACCCAUGCCAUCUAAUUUUACAGGCAUGGGUCAAGGCACAACUUUUAGUUUGCAUAAAAAAUAGCUCAGACUCAGUACUCGCGGUAGAUUUGUUACGCUUUCUUAGUGCUAACAGGAGGAUGGUCUUUUUAUAAAUUAAAAAUAGCAAGAGGCAUUUAUAAAUUUUUUUGCAAACGAUAAGGAGCAUAAGAAGAUCAGGAAGCACUGCAAAGAAUAAUUUUGUGAAGUAAUUUCAACUCAAUGUGUAUAAUAAAUAGUUAGCAAAUAAGUAGUUAGUAAAUAACUAGUAGAAUUGGGAGCUUGUUCGUAUUUUGUUUUUGAUUACUUUAGACUAACAAAAACUUUGAUGUUAAUAGAAUAAUUUCAUAUCGGAAAA